AUGGUCAGAAUUUUUAAAUGUUGCCUUUUUUCUCAUCUUUGUUUUCUUGAACUGCAGACGAAACACAAUUUGGAAAAAUUAGCCCUUAUCAGUAUUUUUUAAAAUUGUGUGUAAUAUUUGCAUUAAGCUAUAUUUAAAAGAACACAUAGUCUCAGAUCCUGUAAGGUCGCUUUGCAUCAGCCUGAAAUCCCUAAUCAACCCGAUCAGAGGAAAGAUUCCCGAAGACCCUCUGAGUACAAUGGCCUUAUUAUGAUACUAUACUUGCGAAUAUACCUUAGGCUUAAAUGACUGCUCUGAUACACAGUUCAUGCACAAAGACUGAUUUAACCCACUGGAGUGACUUGUCAUUCUUUCCGUUUUUGUUUGCUUGUUUUUUAUUUUUAUUUUUAGACUCAACGAAAGCUGUUUUUAGUGGAAGGGAACAUUAUUUUUCCAAAGGCAACUUUCAGACCAGUUAAAAAGACGUCUUUCAAAUCAUUUGUCUCCACGGAAAGGGAACGAGGCGUCCACAAAGGACCUAUGUUAAUGCCUCCCUCAUCCUUCAUUUUACCUGUUCGCGGUAGAGAAACUUCAAGGAAGUCUUCUUUGCCUUACGAAACUGUGGUACGAGCUUCUAACUCCUCCCAUCCUGCAUCUACACUGCACACCUCCCCAGACAGUCAAAAUCAAAUGGGGUUUAGUCCUUCCUCAGAAGCGUCGUUAUCAAGUAGAGGUUUGGAGGAGGAUGAAGAUAGAGAAGAUAACAGCAGUGUGGAGUGCUGCAAGGAAGAGGAGGAGCAUGGAGAAAUGGUGGACAUGGAAGAUGGCAAAAUGGAAGAAGAGAUGGACAAGGAAGGAGAAGAGGAAAAUUCGGAAGGUGAAGGAGAGGAAAGAGAUGAGGAUACAUCUGAUGGAAAACAGGUGGGUGAGGGUCGGAAGCCGAAGAAGGUGCGAGAGAAGACAGUAGGGAAUCAACUGUUUGAUCAGCAAAGAGAUCAAGGUAAUCUUCAGGAACGAAUUGCUGCCAUGAAGAAUACACUGCACGAAUUUCAAGAAUUAAAGACGGCUUACAGGUGAGUGAACAACUAGCGAUGGUUGAUGAAGUUUUGUUGUUUCUUGUUCGAUGAUGAUGAUGAUCAUAGUCAUACUAUGGGUACGAUAGUGACAAACGACAUUGUCUACUAUCAUGCACUCCCUAUCACUAAAGAAAAUACUGCUAAUUGCAGGUAACCAUUCAUGAUGACUAUUUUUAUAUCAAAGUGCCUUGAAUUUUGUGAUUACGUUUGCGCUUUAUCUUACUUCUAGUAUAACCAAAGUGAGAUUCAAAAUCAUUUUCGGGUAAUUCACGCAUUCUACAAUUUUUUCUAGUCGUAAGAAGAAACAGCGGGAUCAAUUGUCCAUUUGGGUUCAGGAGCAGAGAGAAAACCUAGGAUCAAAUCACUUGGACGAAGAGUUCUGGCAAACUGAACAGUGUUUGGACGAGGUAACGAACGUUAAAAUAGUGAUACUGUAAGUAUUAUGCCAUUUUCAAACGUAGCCAAGGAGUUGAUCUUGGUACUGUCUAGAUACAAAUCCAGUGAGCAAUCAGUGCGUUGGUUACCUAGAGGGAUUUUGUUAGCUUGUACGCGAACCGACUCGCGACUGCGAAAGAAGAAAUAAAAUUCUUUGUCAACCAGGGCAGGCUUCAUUUGAACUCGGGAAUUUGGGAUGAUGUGCAAGUGCAGCGCUUGGGCCGCUCGGCGAUGCUGCUUCCUUUUCCAUGAAUGUUCUUUUUUGUUUGAAAAUAUCAUGACUUUUUUAUUGUUUUGUUCGGAUGAACGACAUUUUCACUGCGUUUGGGUAUAUUGAGAUGGUUAAACAUUGAUUGUCAUAACUGAGAAUGUGUUUUGUUUUUUAUUUAGUUGAACGAAGAAGUUACAGAGAUGGCGCAAAGAAUAAAACAAAAUCGACCACUUGUUGAAGAAGCAGCAGCAUGCAUCCGCGAACUUAUUCACAAAUCUGCAUUUGGAUCUUUUACCUAG